AGAAGGUAUGUUAUAUGCAACGUAACCUUAAAAUAUUCUACACCAGUUACUGCAUACAAGUUAGCCAUUGAUACAAGAUCAGAAGAUUCCUUUCGGUGUUCUAAUCUUUGGUCAGCAUCACUGUCAUCCAUGUACCAUGCACGAACCAUAUUUUAUGAAUAAAUGUCAAAUAAUUUCGUCGAAUUAAAUCUACUAUGUGUUAAUAGCAAUAUGAAUUAAAACGUGAUAAAUUAUUGUUACAUAACCUAAAGAGAUUGGCAUUAUCAAUAUAAUCAACUUUAGUGGUAAACAGAAGUGACGCAAGUUUUGCUUUAUAACGGUUACCUUAACAAGACAAAUAAUAUGGAUGAUUUACAAAAGAAAAUUCAUACGUAUCUUAUGAAAGAGAAUCAUAAGGAUGGGGAAUUAAAAUUUCUUACAGCUCGUACAACCAUAGAAAAUACAAUAAAGAUCAAUAACUUCAGUAAAUCAUUAUCAGAAAUUAUUCUUGCUUUUAAUCUCGUAACUGAAGACACCAAAUUAGUGUUAAAUCCAAAAUGCAUAAACGUAUACAAGUACUUAAUAUUAAAUACUAAUUUUACAGUACAAAAACGUUUAGCUGAGGAUUUGACACAUGGGCAUUUAAUCGAUAUGCGCCACACUUUGUCGCCGUAUUUGUUUAUACAAAUUCUGUGGAAAUUGAAGUAUGAGGAUAUUUUAUUGGAAUCUAUUAUUCAUUUACCAUUAGAGUUGUGUAUUGAAAUAAUCGACGUUGUUAGAAGGUCCAUCGAAGAGCUUGAAUAUGAACGAGCCGUGAAUGUUAUAUUUCAAUUAAUAAUGAAUAUUUAUAAGAAAUUGAUUUUGAUCGGAAAGAAUGGUAGUCAGUCGUUGCAUAUAGAAGAGAAUAUGAAAAGUAUGACUGCCCAUUUUCAAGAAUUAUUAUUAUUACUGAGCGACGAAAAAAUUAUUCGUAUGGAGAAAGUUUCCGAUUUAAAGAAAUACGAAAGGUACGGCUUGUUAUUUAUAAGAAUUAUUAAUGUAGUCAAAGAUUGUAUAAAAAAUAUUGGUAAUGAUUUGAAGAUAUCCGAGGAUACUGAGAAAAUAUAUAAAAUUACUUUUGGAAAUGAACCUAUAGUGAAAUGCGAGGAUUCGCUUAUUACGGAAACUAUGGCAACGUUACGUCAAGAAUUAAUGAAUUUACUUUUAAAGAAAAUCAAAGAAAUCGAUUGCAACAUAUAUCUAGGAUGGGCAGAAUUAGAUGAUAAAGAUAAUCCAACUAUAACAUUACAGAAAACGAUUGGAAAUGAAUGUUACUACUUAGUUGAAUUUUGUAAAAGUAAUAAAGAUCUAGCAGACAACGAGCAUUUGAUAGAAUGCUUGCAACAAUUAUCCUCUAAGCCAAUAUCAGAAGAGAUUAAUUCUAUCUUUACUUUGGAAGAAUUGCGUUAUGGUACGAUUCAAGGUAAAAAAGAAUGCGUCAAGGAAUUGAUCAGUCGAUACAAAGAAUGGGAUGAAACUACAAUGAAUUGUAUAGACCCCAAAAAGAUGUGGACGAAAUCAUUGUUGGACACAUAUGAUUGUUUAAAUUUGCUUGAGUAUCUUACCUUUUUACUUGAACAAACAAGUAAUGAAGAAUAUAUACAACGUGUUUACGCAUUUGUUACGGAAAUAUUGAUAUACCAAAAUAUACAAUCCAUUUAUUCUAUUCUAGUAGAAUAUAUAACUAAACACGAUGGGAAAAAUUGUUUGGAAUCUUUUUACAAGGAAGAAAUGUUUAAAGAGUUUAUCGUAAGAAAUACGCAUAUGAAAUCGUUAACAAAUUUGAAAAUAAUUCUAAUAUCCGUUUUAAAAAAUCCAAGUAACGUAUUAGGAAUCCUUUUAAAAAUAGCUAUUGGUUAUCCUGAAUAUGAUAAUGUAAUGAUUACAGAAGAGGACUUGUUACUUUUAUCACCAAUAAUGAGCAUACGAAAAGACACCAAUGAUACUUUUUUGAGUAGUACAUUAAAAACGAUAUGUAUAGAGGACGUUGAAUGGAAUAUAAAAAAAUUCAGAGAUCUAUUAUUUUUCUUUGUUUUUAAUAAGCUAUUGACAGUGAACGAAAUAAUAAACAAUAUCCUGGUGUGUUACUUAAAUGAAAACAGAAGGUCGUUACGUAACACACUUUGCAUUCUUAAUUGCACUACGAAAAUGUUAGACCAUAUUGUUUACGGAUCGAUAAUAAAAAUAAAUGCAGGUAAAUUAUUUCUACCUCUUGCACGAACGAUGUCGUCGACAAGAAAACGAACAGAUGUAUCAAGUUAUUUGAUUAACGACGUGAUCAAAGAAUUAAAUUUUCUAAUCUAUCAUAUUUUGGUAUAUCAUACAGAUCAUUUGGAUAAUUCAAUAAAAAGAUCUAUCGUAGAAAAUUUAGAAUGCAUUUUAGAGCCGAUAGAAAAAGUAUAUUUCGCAUCGCUUUGGCCACCAUCGAGAAAUAAUUUUAAUUUAUUAGAUAAAAUGCGUGAUUACGAGAGACGUUGUUACUUUGUUAUAAAUAUGGUUGGAAAUGACCAAACUAUAUCAAACGAAUUAAAAACAUUCUUGUCGAGUUUUGAUCUCCUCGAAGAAGAUUCCAUACGUCAUAUGAUCCUACGUUCUACUAGUUCAGAAUAUUUAGUAUUAGCUGAUUCAUACAAAAAAUUGUUCAGUUUUGAUUUAUCUAUUUGCCAAUCUUACAACAAUUUCUUACGUUUGACAAUGGAAACUUGUUCUUUCAGUUUGGAAUAUCCUUCAUUAUUACCCAAACAUUUGUUUACCUUCAUAUUGAACAAUUGUGUUAAAUAUUUACAAAAUAAUUUGUUCUCAGAUCAAUUUAGUAAUCCAAAUGAUAUCUCGGAUGUUUAUAAAUCCGUUAUUGAAAAUAUUCGUUCGCUGGACGAAAAUAUAAAACGUCGUUGUUCUCAAUCCUAUUCGUUAUCAUUUACGACUCUUUUCGUUUGUAUAAAUAAUAGCGAUGAUAGCAACAACGAUGAUAAAAACAACACGUCUACUACAAUAUCAGAAACUCAAAUGAGAGAGUUUUUAAAUAAUUUAGAACUUUUUACCAAUCAGUGUAUAGAAUUCGGCGAGUCAAACGAUCAAGAUAGUUGUCAAACCGUACCUUCGACAAAUAUUUCCAGAUAUCGUCUGAUUUAUUUAUUUAUUUCGGCAUGCGUUGAAGUACCAGCUUCGAAAGCGUACGAGUGUAUCGACAUAAUGAAUAAUCUUUUUACUUCCACAUAAUAAUUUAAUCUCUUUUUCCUAUUAAUUUAGAAAUCUUUUCUUUUCUAUACCGUUCGAAUAAUAUAUAGUACAAAAAUAUAAUAUUCAUAUUUCUGUAUGAAAUAAAACUAUAUUCAUAGAAAUAAUUUCGACGAAUUUAAAAUUUAUAUUUCUCAAUUAAUUAUUUCUUUUCUCUUUUCUCGAAGAAAAAAAAAUAGUUCAACGCAUUGUGGUGGUUUCACAGUAAAAGAGAAAUGAAGAUAAAAAUUCCAAUGCAAUAAUUUGUUUUCAUUCCAUAUUAUAUUUGUGCGAUACUGCCAAAUGCCAUUACAAUAGUUAGUAAUAAAAACAUGUGAAAAAAUUGCGUACAAAGGAAAAAAAUGUGCACUAGUCACACAGAGAUAUAAAAAAUUGAUCAAAUGGGUGUAGCACUUUUCGAAGGCGAUUUUUUCUUUUUAUCUUUUUUUUUUUUUUUUAAAUAUAUUUUUUGUUUUCUGUCUUAGAAAUGUCUGUGUUAGCUGUUAUUCUAACCCGAUCUUUGUAAACAACGUGUACGUAAUAAUAUAUAAAUACACGUUUAUUCCAUUCCAUGUGAUAUUUAAUGACGAACAUACUGCUUGCACAAUUCUACAAUGACUAGAUAGUUAUGCUGGUAAUUAAUGUGUGUAUGUAUGUGUGUGUGUGGUGUAUAAUAUAUCUAUAUAGCCAUAUGUAUGAUCCAAAAUGUUUCUUCGAGUAAAUAAUUACUUUAACAAAAAUUGAGAAUUAUUAUUUAUAUAAGAAAAAGAGAGGAGAAUACAAAUAAAAACAUAAUAGGAAAAUAGUAAAAGGAGGGAAAAAAAAAUUAAAAAAUACAGAAAAAUCCGGAGCGGGGGGAAAGAAAAAGAAGAUAAUAAAAAAAAAAGGAAUAGAACAAAUAACACAAGAAAAUACAUAUACAUACUUAUUUAUAUAAAAAAAAAACCUAAUCUUAUAUAAAUUUUUAUUUUUUUUUUCUUUUCUUUUUGUAUUAAUGUAUUUUUUAUAUUUUUUUUGUUUGUUACCAGCAAGUCAAGCUACAUUCUUUUUAUCUCUCAUCAUUUUCUUCUUACAGAGAAUCGAAGAUUUUCUGUACUUUUUUUUUUAUAAAUAUGUUCGCAUUACGUAUAUCGCAUAUAGCCAUUUUUUUUUCUCAUCCACCCAUAUGAUCUUCCAUUUUUCUUCUUCUUCUGAUAUCAAAGAUAAAACGUUCCCUUCGACGUAUACGACGUCAUCAGUCUCGACAUUGUCGAAAACAAAAAA